AGCGACAGAACGUCCCACGGACAGCAGAAGCAAAGGAAGCAAGCCUGACCUGCGAAUCGCCAAGCGGUAAGCGUGGCAACGAUGGCCUUCAUCCAAAAGAUCCCGUCCUCACGCACGCGACAACAACGCGCUGCGUCCCCACCGCCGCCGACCGAGUCGGAGCGGAUUCAUCACAGCUCCAGCAAGGUCAAGGGAAAGUCGACUGCGCGGUCGAGGGCGUCGCAGACGCAGACGCAGACGCAACUGCAAUUGCAAUGGCAGCUGCAGCAGCGGAGUCAAAGUUACAACGACUGUGCGGAUGAUGAGGAUGAAGACAACUGUGACUGCCACGAGCCCGAGCGCAACGAUGGCCAGGACCGCCCUGACGCCGAUGAACGACUGCGGGCCGAGACGCUCAGAUCACCACUUCUGCACGCGGCUCCCCUGCCACACCAACCUUCAGCACCCGCGGCGAAAAGCGGAACGACCGAGCCGACGCUGUUCGUUGAUACCUCCGCUGCGCAGGGAUACCUCUCGCGCGGCUCGCCCAGCAAAGUAUCAUCGACGAGGAAUAACAGGCGUGCCGGCGGCGGUGAUGCGGCGCUGCUAGAGUCGAUGGAUCGGCUCGGCGCACAUGGCAGCGUCGCCAACCCUGUCAAGGGUAACGAGAAGGGGAAGGACGACGACUGGAGCGUCGUCUUUCCAGGUAGAGCUGCGCUGAAGGCGCAGGCCGCCACUGCCGCCGCCUCCGCCGCUGUUGCUGUUGCGGAAGCAGAGGCCAAGGCAAGGGAGAAACAGAGUGAAACGCAAGCGGAGGAUGUAGAUGUCUUCUCUAACUUUGAGCAUGACCGAGAAGAGGAGAAGCGGGAAGAUGUAGCAUCUAGGAGCAACUUACCGCCCCCCGCUCACGACGGAAGGGGCAUGUUUUCCUCGGCCGGCAGCAGCUACUUCUUCGACUUCCCGCAACAAGCAGAUGUCAUCGAAGAAGAGGUGGUGGUCGCGCUUUCUAACCAUGACGAGGAUGAUGAAGAGGAGGAGGAAGAUUGGCCGCUCGAGUCGCCUUCCCUGCCGUUCUCUUCUGACUCGUCCGCUUCCCGACAGCGGCGCCACAGCGGCGGACUACGUGCCACCGGGUCAGCAGCGCAAGCGCACACCUCGUAUCUGGGCAGGGCGACAAGCGCCGACAGCUACUCGACGACCAGCGUGAUCUUCAGCCCGUUCGAGCACGAGCACGAGCUUGGAUACGGUUACGAGAGCUGGUCUGAUGCUGCUGCCCCUGCCACCGCACCGCCGGAUGCAGUGGCGCUGGAAGAGAGGGAGCGUGCUAUACGGCUCUUGCGCAACGUCGACGUCUUCUACAAGGAGCAUCAUCCGCCAGUGACUAAAGGUGCGGCUGCGGCUACGGCUGCGGCUUCUUGCAACCAGCAUUCACAAUCGCAACCGCAGUGGCAGUGUGGGCCCUCGUCCAAGCAACAGGUGCGCCAUGCAAGGCAGACGCCGUCGUUUCAAGAGCAGCACGAAUUCGAGCACUUGCUCGCGCUCGCGCCGUCGGCGCUUUCUGCUGGUCUUAGUAGCACGUCUUACUUUGCGGCAAUCAGCGCAGCAGGCGAAGGAGCUGGAGUGCCUCUGCUGACAGUUGGAGCUGGCGAGCUGUUCGCUUCUACUGCUCCGGCGCAUACACGCGGCACGAAGCGCAGUCGACGCUGCCGGCGCGCGCGGCAGCAGCAUCAGCGCUCGAUCCUUGGCAUGCUCGACGGUGACUACUCUGGUGCCGGGCACAUUGCGAACGAUGCAGAAGAGGACGAAGGGCAAGACGAUGUCGUGAACGAUGAGGAUGAUGAUUCGGACGGCUUGACGGACGAAGCGUCUGAGGACACUGCCGCUGCUGCAGCGGACCGCCACACGUGCCGCAGCAGCAAGCGCAGCAACAACACGAGUUGCUCGCGCUCCGUCUCCACCGUGCACACGCACCAGUCGGCGACGACGUCCGCUGGCGGCGGCGGCGUCACCCUCGCGAUGGUGCGCCAGCAACAGAAGCUCCAUGCGAAGUCGCAGGUAAAGGCCAAGGCGAAAGCAAAAGCAAAAGGCGGUAGCAACAUGGCGACAGUGCAUGUGCAUGGCGUCUUUGGCCGCAGAUCAGCUGGCGCUCGAGAACAGGCGCAUACAGCGACGGGUAAAGGUGCUGAGCUGCGUCAGGCGGAGCAACAGCUAACCGCAGGGCAGCAGCAGCGUCCACCGCUUUCGCGCGGCGAGAGGGUCAUGAGCGCCAUCCUGCGCCGCGUAUUUGAUCUGGAGCCCGAAGUGCUCGACGGCUUCUUUGAGUGCACCGACAGCGCGGACGCCGACGCGCCUCACUCACCAGCGCCCGCUGACAGCGCCGCGGCCGCGCCUGCGCCUGCGGCUGCAGCUCGGUCGCCGCUCCGCUUUGGGUUCGGAUACGACAUCAGCGAAGCGCCGCUAGACUACAUGUACGCGCACGCCCCGACUUCGGUUUCGGCUGUCGCGUCGUGCCAGCCACAUUGGCCCCGAAGCCACCACUACCAUCUGCACGCGCAUACGCACGCGAUGCAUUGCCUAGCGCAGAUCGACGAGCUCUUGGAGCUGCAGCAGGACUCGGCUGCUGUUGAAGAAAAAGUGCGGGACAGGGAGGCACAUGCAGUCGCAGAUGCCGAAGCUGACAUGACGGAUAUCAAGAUCUGGUCCAGCGAUCCUGCAACCGCUAGCGAAGGUGCGCUCGCCCUGCAUCGCUACGAGUCACCGAGCUCACAGCUGCACGCAUAUAGCGGGAUAUUCACCAGCGCAGAUGCCCGGCGCACUUCUACCGUGGGCACAAGCAUCGACACAAGUCCCGGCAGAGGGAACAGCAGCAAAGCAGAGGCGCUCGAAGGCUUGCCGCAGCAUUUGGAGCCGACGACUAUCGAGGCGCUGAAUGCGCUCAUGGGCGGUGUACCGUUCCGUAUCUGGACCGAACUAGCGAAGCACUUUGGCUUGCCUACCCCCGGAAGCUUCAUCAGCGCCAGCGACGACCCGCGCGCACCCAUGGAUGGCCGGCGGACCUCGAGCGCAGACGCAGAUCGCGUCAGCGCGAGUGCAAUUGAGGCUGUGUAUUCGGUUACGGAAAACGCAGCUGCACGAGGCGAGGUUAACCGCUCGCGAUCUGCAUCGUCAGCUUCGUCGCUGUCGCUCAGGCUCGGCUCCGCAACGAGGAGCAACGCGCUGGCGAUCGCCUCGGCCGGCGCUGGUCUGCCGGCGCGCGAUGACCGCGACAUCCUUCCGAAAGCUUGGCGCGGCCGGGUUCAUCCUGCUAUCGCUGCGCAACAUUCGCCCAAGGAGUGAUUGGGCGCGCCACCAUCCUUCCUUCUUCCUUACCGCCAAUCUGGUACCUUUUGACAUUUCGAAUUCGACCACAGUACUUGCAGUAUCAA